GUCUAAACCAAUAUCGACUGGCUUGUUCAUUUGGUCUGCCAUCUGGAAUUUUGAACUUACUCUUCCUGCUUUGCCCACGAAAAAAAUCUAAGCGAGUUCAAGAGAAUGAUUGCCAGAUUCAUUCUCGUUUUGGUGUUAACUGAUUUAACUUUCCUCUUAGCGGAGUCGGUUGAAAUCGACAAUUGCAACAAGGAAGUCUCAGCAGGAGACAAAAACUUCGUUUCUACCAAGAGAGGCGUGAUCGAGUUUGGUAUCAUGAUUGGCUGCGCUACUCGAAGAAGUGCUUUUGAUUACAUUGGCUAUGGCUGCUGGUGUGGUAUUGGUGGAAAAGGUACCCCAGUUGACAAUGUGGACAGGUGUUGUCGAAGUCAUGACCUGUGCUACGAGAACACCAAGGCGUCCAAUGUCUGCCCUUUUAACCUUGCAACUUACUUGAUGCCAUAUUCAACAGAAAGCUGCACAAUCUGCGAACCAGCUUCCUACUACUGGUUUUGGGGCAAAUGUCGUAAUGCUCUCUGCGAAUGUGAUGCCACGGCCGCCAAAUGUUUUGCCAGCAAUCCUUACCACGAGAAAUAUAAAGGUUACCCGCAGUCGAAAUGCUAAAAAAGACGUGUUCUUAA